CAUGUGUCGGGCCGAGCUGAAGGCCGGCUGCAAGAUAUCCCAGCUACACGCCUGCGGCGAAGACUACCUGGUGUACAGUAACACCACGUACCUGCCGGAGCCCGAGGAGGACCAGUUCCGGGCGAAUUGCGAAUUGUACGCCAAGCAGAUAGCCUGCACAAUCGAGUUCUCGGAGAGCUGCCUGGACAAUGUGCCCCGCGCCGUGGCGUUGGUUGCCAUGGAAGCCGCGGGCGACGACUUCGAGGCCGCCUGCACAGAAGGCAACGAACGACACGACAUGUACAAAAACAGCAUCAAGUGCAUGAACUCGGCUGGUGUCGGGCUCAACAAAUGCUUCGGAGUUCUACGUGACGGCUUGGGUGAGAGCAUUGACGCACCAGGGGGAAGGACCAUUCACUACGCUUGCUGCGCAUACCAUAACUCGCUGGAGUGCGUGGAGCGGGCCCUGGACGACUGCGAUCCGAACUCUCCGGCCAAGGAGUACGUGGCCAACGUGAUGGAGCGCAUCUUCGGCCAAGUGCUAAGCCUCGUGUGUGGACCGUACACCCGGGGUUCUGCCGAUUGCCACGCCCUGCCCAAACUGCCGCCUACACCUGGACCGAAGAAGACUAACCUCAUCGAGCUGGCCGUUGAGAUAUCGGACUCAUUCCGAAACAAAAAGAAAAAGAACUAAUAAAGACCGGAAUACAUGCAGCGGUUUACCGGCAUCCGGUUGACGAACUUCGUCCGACUACGAACUCCCACGCAGGAGGCGCUCGGCGCGUCUAUGGCGACAGAUCGAAGCUGAAAAGACCGAAGAAUCAAUACCGAAGCAUCUAAUGAACGAAUGAAAGCUCUUUAUAAAAGGUAUAUAUAGGGUAGUUGUGAAGUCAACACCUAUUUUUCAUUUACAUUCGCCUAGAAACUUGCAUCAGGUCUAAGGGGUGUUUUAUAUUGUUGACUAAUAUGACGUCUACUAGUUACAAUUCCAGAGAAUGUCUUGUAGCACUGUUGACUGAUGUCUGCGCACUUCCACAGCGCCUUUAAUUGACACGAGAAGUUCGUCGUGGAAGUUCGUAUUCUGGCGUUUAGGCGUAGAUUUGUAAUAUUCUGGAUGUUUCAGAAAAUAUGUACAAAAAUCUAUUAAAUGCCGAAGAAGUAGCGGGGUGCACAUUAAAAUGACUGCGGGGUGAAAUUUGAACAGCAAUUAUGAAAAAUACGCGAAAUAACGUUUAAACCAGAAGAGAUAAGCAUUCGAAUCUAAUGCAUGAGCGAAACUUUUUUAUACAAGGUAUCCAUAUUCUCUUUAGGACUGUAAAAAAGGAGACGCUGCUUAAUUUUGCGGAGAGAGGACGUCCGGCUGAUUUCACGCCGGAAACCAAAUUUAAACUUUCGAAGAGCGUUUCAAAGAUUGGUUCCUUCGCAUUGUCGGGCGAGGAUGAUCAAGCGCCUUUAGGUGCGCACACUAAACAACAAAAUUCGCCACUUGAUAAUUAUUCUUUCUCACUGUGAGCCUACAUGUUUUUAACAUAAAGGCGCGUCUGCGCCGGUUUCUGUAAUCACUAAUCCCUAAUGGAGAUAUAUAGUAGCUGCUUUGAGGGCUUCUAAGACGUCAACAAGAAUAAACGUAUUUUUUUUCUAUUUCAGUCGUGAAAUAAUUGCGUAAUACAAAAAAAUUCAAGUGAGAUUAAUAUGGGGCCAACUUGCCCCUUAAAAGCACGCAGAUAUAAUCAUCUAUAAACCGAAGAAAAGAUUUCGGCCGAUGGAGAACGUAGCAACUUUAUUUCUGCGUGCUUAAUGCUGAAUAUCAGUGAAAUUAAAAGACACUGAUCGCCAAGUUGCGAUUUGCUGUACCGUUCACCCACCUCAUAACUGACACUGAUAUAGCGAAAUAUUGGUUGUAACGAGCUAAGUAUAAAAAUUAGUUGGCGACGCUUUAUUUGAAUGGCAUUUAUUUUUUUAUAAAGAAAUUCAAAACGAACAAAUAUUGGGUUCGCGCGAGGCUGAAAGCUAGCAACGUCGCAUAAAAGUAAAAAUAAAUAUUGAAAGACAAUUAAUCAUCACAUUUUCACAUCCAUCUUCAAAUGUGAGCGC